CUGAGAGACAUAGAGGAGGAGGAUCUGCUUAUCCAGUGUGAUACAUUUGAGGAGUUCAAGAUAGAAGAUGAUGAGGAAUUAUUAAAGAUAUGUGAUGGGAUAAACAUGAACGAUCAUCAUGAGGUCUUUUCAUCUCUCUUCAAUAAAGUGAGCCGCUCUCCGGUCUCCAUCCAGCUGCUGUCCAUCCUCCAGAGUCUGCUGCACUUGGAACCAUCUCAUCACUCCAGCCUCCUGCUGUGGGAGUCCUUGGACGCGGUAGUGAACAGAGCCCUUUUGCUUGCAAAUGACAUCCAAGGGAACACAGUUGAAGAAGUCAUUGAGAGGCUGCUAUCUAUCAAGAAGCAUCCAAACAAGCAAAAACGAGCUGAAAACCGGCUGUCCGGGAGUGCGAAUGGAGGCAUCCAGGCUGAGCUAGAACCACGUGCACAUGCAGCUCAGAGCCCAGCAGGAUCAUCAAACCCCUCCAAGGCACCAGCAACUCCCUCAGGGCCACCUGCCAACGAAAAGAUCUCAUCCUCCCAGCUCACAGCCUGCUCUGCUUUGCCUGAGACAUCUAACCCUCCCCCCAACACUGCUCCCGCCCCAGCACCUCCACCCCCACCACCUCUGCCCCAACCCUCUGGCACAGCAGCUGUGACCCCCACGUCCCCCACGAUGAAUGCACCUCCAGCCUCUCCACUCCCUGGCAUCCCUCCACCCCCACCCCCAUUGCCUGGCAUGGAGGGUAUCCCCCCUGCUCCACCCCCAUUGCCUGGCACGGUGGGCAUCCCUCCCCCUCCACCCCCAUUGCCCGGCAUGGGUGGCAUCCCGCCCCCUCCACCCCCGCUGCCUGGUAUGGUGGGCAUCCCUCCACCCCCACCCCCAUUGCCCGGCAUGGGUGGCAUCCCUCCACCCCCACCCCCAUUGCCCGGCAUGGAGGGCAUCCCUCCACCCCCACCCCUUCUGCCCGGCAUGGCAGGAGAUCAUAUAGAAGCUGUGGUGGCCUCCCAGUUCAGCUGUCCUCUUGGCUCGGGCAGGCCUCCCCACAAGACGAUGAAGACGCCGACGUUGAGAAUGAAGAAGCUGAACUGGCAGAAGCUGCCCUCCAACGUGGUGAGAGAAAGUCACUCAAUGUGGGCUUCAGUGAGCAGCAGCAGCGAGGAAACUAUAGAGCCCAAUUACACAAGCAUAGAGCAGCUGUUUUGCUUUCCACAACCAACCCCCAAGGAGAAAACAGCCACACCAGUGAAGGCAGAACCGAAGGAGAUCACAUUUUUGGACUCCAAGAAAAGUCUCAAUUUGAACAUAUUUUUGAAGCAAUUUAAAUGCUCCAACGAAGAGGUGGCUGCCAUGGUCCAGAAUGGGGACCGGACCAAGUUCGACGUUGAGGUUCUGAAGCAGUUGCUGAAGCUGCUGCCUGAAAAGCAUGAGAUAGAAAACCUGAAGUCCUUCAAAGAAGAGAAAUCAAAGCUAGCAAACGCAGAUCAGUUUUAUCUUCUCCUCCUUCAGAUUCCCAGCUACCAGCUGCGCAUUGAAUGUAUGCUGAUCUGUGAAGAGACCACUGUUGUACUGGACAUGAUUCAGCCAAAAGCUGAAGCCAUCCGGAGAGCCUGCGAAGAUCUUCUGAACAGUCAUCGCCUGCCGCUCUUUUGUCAACUGAUUCUCAAAGUUGGAAACUUUCUGAACUACGGAAGUCACACGGGCGAUGCCGAUGGGUUUAAAAUCAGCACUUUACUCAAACUAACAGAAACCAAAGCAAACCAAACCCGCAUUACUCUGCUCCACCAUAUUCUGGAGGAAGUAGAAAACAGCCACACGGACCUACUGGAGCUGCCAAAGGAUCUUGAAUAUGUUUCAAAAGCAGCAGGAAUUAAUCUUGAUAUUAUACGCACGGAGUCCAGUACCAAUUUAAAGAAAUUGCUAGAGCUUCAGCGGAAAGUCUUAUCAUCAAGCGACGACGUGAAACAACAGUAUGAGAAACCUAUCCAGGAUAGCAUUGAUGCCUCCAGAAAGCUGGAAGAAGAAUUUGAAACCAUUGAAAGGAAGAGAGAAGAACUUGCAAAUUAUCUCUGUGAAGACCCAAGCAAGUUGUCCUUAGAGGACAUAUUUAGCACCAUGAAGACCUUCAGAGAUCUCUUCAUCCGAGCCUUAAAGGAAAACAAGGACAGAAAGGAGCAAGCUGCCAAAGCAGAAAAGAGGAAGAAACAGCUGGAAGAGGAAGAGGGGAAGAGACAGAAAGGAGAAAAUGGAAAAGUCAUUAAGAAGGGGGUGGUGAAGCAGGAGGAGGUGUGCGUCAUCGAUGCGCUGCUAGCCGACAUAAGGAAAGGGUUCACGCUGAGAAAGACAAAGAACAGACACGAGUUGGAUGCAAUUCCUAAAACCUUGCCUGCAGAGAGCCCGGAGCAGAGCCAGUCUGGAAAGAGCGUUAAGGAUCCGCAAGCAGCAGGAAAGCAGAUCGAUGAUGAGACGAAGCAGAACAACGAUGGUCAUCCCUCCGAAAGCACUCCCCCCUCAACCACUGCCCUGAUGGAGAUGGGUGGAGAUGUUACAAAUGCCUCAGCUUCAAACCAGGCUUUAAUUAAAAACAAUGCUGGAGGAAAUUUGCCACCAGAGUCCCGGACGGAAAGCCUCUCAGUAAGCUUGGUGGAAGCUGAUGGGGCCGGUCAGCCCACGCCGGGCACCGGGAUGGAGCAGGCAGAGAGCUGGGCAAGCCUCCAGCCAAGCACAAAGAGCGGCUCCAUUGCCUUCUCUGCUGCUAACAUAGGCACGGGGAUAAGGUUUGUGAGCAGCAGUUCGGGCACUGCUCUGAGAGACCAACUCAACGGGUCCAUCUCAGAAGGCCAGGACAAAGAAUGCCCGGCUGAUGGAUCGGAGAGCUGCAGGCUGGCGCAGGAGCCAGAAACCUGGCUGAGCGAGAGCAGGGUCGACCCUGGCAGCGCUCAGUCCGCUCCCUGCGAUGGGGCUCAUCAGGCAGAGUCAAAAGAGAUGGCAAAGGAAAACGAAGACCCUGGUACAGACUCGCUGUUGGACACCUCUCAAGAGAAGUCCUUCUCAGAGGAGCCAGCCACUGACUCCUCUUGUUCGGCAACGCUCCCCCCAGGGCAAACUCACAGCGACAGGGAAAAGCAGAGGCCAUCCGGGAAACGGAGGAAGAAGAAGAGGCACAGCAAAAGCUACUCAGCAGAGGUUGAGACUGAUACUGGAGAUAAUAAAACAAAAAAAGGUUGUGUGGCACAAUGAGGUGUCACAGCAAGGCAGAAGAAAUAAGAGACCCAGCGAACUGCUCACAUGUCCCCGGAGCGCUGCCAGCUUCUCAGAAGCCGGGUUCUGCAUCGCCAAAACACCACCGUGGUCACCUCUGCCCCACCAGAACGUGCCGCUUCUCCUCGCACAGCCUUUCCCUCCCCUCCCCAAGACCCGAAGAGUCUCCCCGGAGACUGCAGCCCCCUCGGCCGUGCCUUACGCUGGGUGCCCGUGGGGCUGGGGGCCGGUUCUGUGCAUGGCGGCCCGAAAGGGUCAGACCUCUCGUCCGCUGUCCGGGAAGCCAAGUCUUUCAACCUGCUCUUAGGCCAAACUCCUCUUGAAACGACAGCUGAGUAUGGCCCAAGAAAGGACUGCAGUGUUUAGCCCUCAGAGAAAUUUUAAAAAUAGCAGUGCCUCAACUAAAUUAAGGGUAUAAAUUAAGCAGUGGCUGUACCAUUACAGGUGGAAGCGUGUUAACUCCCUCUUCUCAUCGCCCACUGACAAUUUAUAUUGGACCAGGUCCAAGACUCAGAUCAGACAAAUGUAUUUUUACUCUCAAUCAUUUAAAGCAAGGGAAAUCGGUUACAGGGAAAAAAAAAGUAAAAAGAAAAAAAAAAAGUAUGUAUUUUAGUAAGCAUAUGGCCAUAUAAACAGUGUCUGGUUCUUACAUGACGUUUAUGUGCAAUUAAGUUGAAGCACGUCGGUAGUCUUGCAGUAGUCUUCUCACAUGCACAGAUGCAUCCAUCAACUUUUGGAGAACCAGGGCCCCAGUUCCUCUUAUUAAAGCAACAGAAAGAGGUUUUCCAGAAUGCUCUAUCGGACACAUUUUCAGCUCAUCCUUUAGUAAGUCUCCGGGUCUGAAUGCUGUUGUCAGCUGCUUGCACUCAAAAGUCUUUGUGUUCAAGCUGCAGAAUGUGUAGAUUCAUGUUACUUUUGCUUUAAAACUGGGAAUGUGCAGUAUUGUGUUUUCAAAAUUCAGAGCUUUAUUUCUCAAGUUUUGUAAUAACAUUGUAUCAUAGUUUUGUACAUAGCUGUCCAUUUAAAAUUAUCUAUGUUUGUUGAAUCUAUAGUGUGAUACUGUGCUGAAACAUGAAUCAAGUGAAGAGCUGGGUACAUUUAAGAACUUUGCCUUUAUAUGGUAAUUCACUGUGGCUAGACUAAUGUUCAGGCUGAAGCUUAUUUUGCUUUGCUUAAUAGGACUUGUAAUGUCCUUGUAAUACUGAAAACUUUGCUGGACUAAGUUAGAAGUUAAACCAAGAAUUAAAUCACUGGUUUAUUUUAACCAAAGCAUUGCUAUGAGCAUAUUGAGAAUCGGUUAAAAAAAGCAAAGAUGACUAGAGAGCAGACGCAUGGGCACCUUCAGUUCAGCAGACCCCGCAGAGCAGCACAGCCCCAUUGCAGCUGAAGUCCCGUUCCCGGCUGGCAGAAGCAGGCAGAGCCCCACGGUUUCCUGCAGAAUCAUGUAACCCACCCCAGGUUUGACCUGCAGGACGGUCUCUAUCACAUUUACAGGUUUUCCCUUUUUUUUUUUCCUCUUUUCCAGUCUCAGAGCACAUCACCCAAGCAUCAUCCUUUUGCUCUUUAAUCUAGCUUCUCUGCUCUCAGAUUAGACCCCAGGCUACAAAAAUCUGCGUAUCAGAUGUGUUUUCCCAGCAGCUUUUUGACCUCCGUGUUUCCAGCAAAAGCCUGCAGCCCAGGCUAGGAGUGAGCAGUUAGCCUCCUGCUCCCCACCCCGCUGUUAUAUCAAUAGGAACAACAUCAUUUGGAGAUUCAGGACUCAUGAACAAACAGGCUUUCUGGGUGUUACGUAGGGAACCUUACCUGCUGAUGCCCUGCAAGCUGCUCUCUUCAGAUGCUGCAGCGGUUGUCCACUUGUCCACCUGGGUCUUUCAGCUACCCCCAUGUCCACCUAGAGAGAGCAGCUCUCUUCACACAGCCAGAGGUUCUAUUGCUCUGCGGUCUUACCUUGGCCUUCAAAGAGAGGGUGUUUGGCAUUAUCUUCCCACUGCCCUCAAGACUUUACAGAGAAAUGGGUCAUUUUGAGCCACUGCCGGUUCUUUGUUCCAUGGUCAUCUGUGAAAACUAUAUUAAAUUAUCUAUACAAUCACAUCCCAAUAAGCAGGCUGAAGCAUAGCAUUUAUAAUUUAUUACUCCAGAGCAGCUCUGUUUCCAUUACAGUGAUUUUCUAAGAAGAACAGGGGAACAGAAUCAGAGCAGGUCAUAGAAUGAUGUUCAACUGGGAUGUGCAGUUUUGUUGCAUUUGUGACCUUGAAAUAAAGCUCAUGAUCCUGAAGAUUUUUCAGUGGUUGCAAGGCCAAAUUAACUGCUGGUAAAAACAUCACUUGCAGCUAUUUCAAAAGGUCUGUGGUCAUUGAAGCCAAAAGCGAGUUUGGACCUCAAAAAAGAAUUCAUGUGGUAUAUUACAGUGACUGCAAAUGGAGUCCAGUAUGUAAACCAGGCUGUGAACACCACAAGUUUCUAGCUGCCAAAUCACUGCAUAUUCCUUAAUUAAGCAUUGGCUAUAUGAUAAAAGGAAGCUAUGGAAGAAAUCAGCAGGAGUCUUUUCCAAGUAUUUCACAUCAGAAUUUAGAUAUGUUUAAUGGGAUGGAUUUUCAG